UAGGCUGUAGCAAAGCAUAGACUAGACCAAAAUAAGAAUUUUUGAAGUUAGCUGUAGCCCAAGCACCCUGGUAAUUUGAAGAUCUCCAGCCCUUUGUGUCUCCCCACCUGUCAGAAUGUCUGGACGCGGAAAGAAACAUGUGGUGGCUGGCAAACCUGGAGCUGCACCGAAGAAAACCAAAUCAGCCAAGGCUGGUCUGCAGUUCCCCGUGGGUCGUGUCUACAGGCUCCUUAAAAGAGGGAACUAUGCUGACAGGAUCAGUCCUGGCGCUGCCAUCUACCUGGCUGCGGUGCUGGAGUACCUGAGCGCGGAGAUCCUGGAGCUGGCGGGGAACGCUGCACGGGAAAACAAGAAAGCCAGGAUCCUGCCCAGGCACAUCCAGCUGGCUGUGAGAAACGAUGAUGAGCUGAACAAGCUCUUCUCCUCUGUGACCAUUGCUCAAGGAGGGGUUAUGCCAAAUAUCCUUUCCCAGCUCCUUCCCAAGAAAACUGUCAGAGAUGCUGCUCCUUCUCAGGAACAAGGUGGUAGCCAGUGAAACUUGCUUUUCCUGGUCUGGUCUGUGCACUUAUGGAUGAUGGGACUCGGUAGCACUAACUUGUAUGUGUUUGCUUCUUUGUCAAGUAUUUUUUCCUGCUAAUUUUAAUGCAUUUUUAAAGCUUGUAAUAAAGUUCCUAGAAUGCAACACUGUUGUUCUUUCUUUUCUCAGCUCCCCUUCCAGGGAUAGAGGAACAUAGAAAACUUCAAAAGAAGUCUAGCAUACCACUCAAAUAACUUUUUAAAAGUCAAGUACAUGUUUACUUUUGAAAACAUGUUACAGGUAACUGUUGUGGAGCAGGCAGAGGAGCCAAGACACACACUGCUCAUGUUCAUGUGAACUUUUCCUCCAUCACAGAUUCAUAG